CACCUGACAGCGUGGUGCCCGGCCAACCAGCUAUACGAAUUUUGAAGAAUUUUUAAGAACUUAGCCUCCAGAACAGCCUUCUUCAUAAAGUGAAAAGGGGCAGUGGCAACAGCGGAUGAGUUUCAAGGAAUCCCUUUCUUGCCAAGGGGCAGAGUUAAUUAUAUUUGGAACCUGCGACAACUCAUAAUGGGGAGAAGCUUCUAAGUGAGGAGAAACGAAACUUCAGGUCAUGAAAAUAUGGAGAACAAAUAUCCACUCAGAAGUCCUUUCUGUUCCUCUUUCCUUUUUCUUGAUUUAUCCCCUUUGAAGACUCCUGAGCUUAUUUCUCUCAUUUGAGUAUAAACUGCUUCCUUCUUUUUGCAUCCUGAGUUUUUUUUUUUUUUUUUAAAUUUUCCCAGCUUCCUGUAUCUUUUUCUUAUAACAUGAGCUUUGCCAUAUUAAGUCACAGCCAUUAAAUUGAAGGGCUUCCUAUUAGUUCUAACAAUCUGAAAUUGAGUGUAUUGUUGAACAAUUUUUACUGAUACUUUUCAUGAUUUUAUAGACUGUCAUAUUAAUCCUUCUCAAUCUUAUUUUUUUAAUUUGAAGUGUCCUAAAUUUUGUUGUUUCUCUGUAGAUAAAGCAAGCUUGAUUAUUUUUGUUUUCUCCUUCAUAUUAAUUAGACACUCAUCAUGGCAUUAGAAAAAAAAAACCUCUUUCUGAUGGUCCUUAAAAUGUUGCUUUUGGAGGCAUGUGAGUAGCUGGACAUUUGGCUAGUAUAAUGGUAAUAAUCAUAUCAGACAUGGUUACUAUUUAUUGAACUCUCAGUAACAGAAACUAUAUUGAAUGAUAUAUUAUGAGCUCAUUUAAUGCCCCUACCUUCCUGAAGUAUUAAUUUGACCACUUUUCAGACGAGGAAACUAACCCUGAGAGAGAUCAAGUGAUAGAAAGAUCUUGAUGUUCAUGUCUUCAGAAAAUAGACUGUAUUUCCCAAGUAAUAGCUGGAUUUCUCAAAUGUUAACUUUUGUUCUUUUCCUAUAAUUCUUAUUUUAUUAAGUCCUUUCAUACCUUUAACACUAAAUAGUACCUACUUAAUUUUGUUUUAAAUAUUAUUUAUCAUAAAAUUAUUUUCUCACUUAGGCAUGCGAUAGACUAUCCUCUGAAAAGAAAAAGAAAAACGUUGAAGAGGGACAAAAUAUUCUUUAGUCAUUUUAAGUACUUAUGACUUUCUGUGAGAAUUUCCUUAACUUCUUUUUUUGGUGUGUCUCCUACAUGGUUUUUGUUGAUGGUUCGAGAUGACUUCAAAGGUGGAAAAAUUACUCUAGAAAAAGCUCUGAAACUACUUGAAAAAUUAGAUAUUCAGUGCAAUACUAUUCAUGUGAAAUAUAUUUUUAAGGAUAAUGACAGGCUGAAACAAGGAAGAAUCACCAUAGAAGAAUUUAGAACAAUUUAUCGAAUUAUUACAUACAGAGAAGAAAUUAUUGAGAUUUUCAACACGUAUUCUGAAAACCGGAAAAUUCUUUUAGAAAAGAACCUGGUCGAAUUUUUGAUGCGAGAACAGUAUACACUUGACUUCAAUAAAAGUAUUGCUUCUGAGAUCAUUCAGAAAUAUGAGCCUAUUGAAGAAGUUAAACAAGCACACCAGAUGUCAUUUGAAGGUUUUAGAAGAUACAUGGAUUCAUCUGAAUGUCUGCUAUUUGAUAAUAAGUAUGAUCAUGUUUACCAAGAUAUGACUCAUCCAUUGACUGAUUAUUUUAUUUCAAGUUCACAUAAUACGUACUUGAUAUCUGACCAAUUGUGGGGACCAAGUGACCUUUGGGGAUAUAUAAGUGCCCUUGUGAAAGGAUGCCGCUGCCUGGAAAUUGACUGCUGGGAUGGAUCACAAAAUGAACCUGUUGUAUACCAUGGCUAUACAUUCACCAGCAAGCUUCUGUUUAAAACUGUUAUCCAAGCUAUAAACAAAUACGCAUUCUUAGCAUCUGAGUACCCAGUGGUGCUCUCUUUAGAAAAUCACUGCUCCCCUUCCCAACAAGAAGUGAUGGCUGACAGUUUGCUCGCUACUUUUGGGGAUGCCUUGCUGUCAUAUACGCUUGAUAAUUUUUCAGACAGACUACCUUCACCAGAGGCAUUAAAAUUCAAAAUAUUAGUUAGAAACAAGAAAAUAGGAACCUUACAUGAAACCCUUGAAAGGAAAGGUUCUGAUAUGCAUGGGAAGGUAGAGGAAUUUGAAGAGGAGGAGGAGAUAGAACAAGAGGAGGAUGGAAGUGGUGCCAAAGAACCAGAACCAGUGGGUGAUUUUCAAGAUGAUUUGGCAAAGGAAGAACAGUCGAAACGGGUGGUCGGGAUCCCACUCUUCAGGAAAAAGAAGAUAAAAAUAUCUAUGGCCCUAUCUGAUCUUGUUAUUUAUACUAAAGUUGAGAAGUUCAAAAGUUUUCAUCAUUCAAAUCUAUAUCAACAAUUUAAUGAAAGCAACUCUAUUGGGGAGUCCCAAGCCCGAAAACUUACAAAGUUGGCAGCCAGGGAAUUUAUUCUUCACACCAGGAGGUUCAUUACCAGAGUAUAUCCCAAAGCAUUAAGAGCUGACUCUUCUAAUUUUAAUCCUCAAGAAUUUUGGAAUGUAGGUUGUCAAAUGGUGGCCUUAAAUUUCCAGACCCCUGGUGUCCCUAUGGAUCUUCAAAAUGGGAAAUUUUUGGAUAAUGGUUGUUCUGGAUAUGUUUUAAAACCACGCUUCCUAAGAGAUAAAAAAACAAAGUUUAAUCCAUAUAAAGUACAAACAGACAGUAAUCCACUCACACUUACAAUAAGGCUCAUCAGUGGUAUCCAGUUGCCUCCCAGUUAUCAAAACAAAGCUGAUACCUUAGUGAUUGUAGAAAUUUUUGGGGUUCCAAAUGAUCAAAUGAAGCAGCAGAGUCGUGUGAUUAAAAAAAAUGCUUUUAAUCCAAGAUGGAAUGAAACAUUCACAUUUGUUAUUCAGGUGCCAGAAUUAGCAUUGAUUCGUUUUGUUGCUGAAAAUCAAGGUUUAAUAGCUGGAAAUGAAUUUCUUGGACAAUAUACUUUACCAGUUCUAUGCAUGAACAGAGGUUACCGUCGUGUUCCUCUGUUUUCCAAAAUGGGUGAGAGUCUUGAGCCUGCUUCCCUUUUUAUUUAUGUUUGGUACAUCAGAUAGCCACUCAUGGUACUUGACAUAUCAUUAGCUUACACAUUGCAAUAAAACAGUCUAGAAUGAA